AUUUUGAGAUUUUUCUGAAUUGAGUUCCUCAAAAUGUUUUCUAGGACUGGUAUAAUACAGUAAUGACGCGUCGACGCAUUUCACAGCAAAGUAUCGUAGUCAGCUGAUGCACUGCGGACGCUUUCCCUCCCUCACCUUUGCGGGUGCUGAAACUUUACGCGUCUACAGUGAAUCGAAGGGAAGUAUACAUCUCUGCACCACGGGACCCUGUUUGUACAAUACUUUAAUAAAAUACUCCGGGGACAGGUGGGCUUCUUAACUGAAGUAUUCAUCAAGUUAUUGCGUACUGUUCAGUGACAGAGUUAGACAGUCAUAAAGAAAAUCAUAAAUUGUAAUUUGGAUUAGAAUCACCGCUGUAUGCUAAAGGCUGUAACGGUGAACCAAAAUAGCCGCUUUUAAUCGCUUUUCCGCUUCCGCCAGUCCCUCCUACAUAAUCGCUCUUUCUGAAGAUCUUACUGAGAAGAGUAGCCAGUAGGAGCCCAAAAGGCGCUGAACUGCGUCAGCAGGAUAGAAUAAUAUCUUUGAUUUAAAAAAAAGCGCUAUGACACCUAAUGCUACGGGUCUCUCUGUCUGAAUCGGAUGGCUGGCGCGUCUCCUCCUUCCUCUCUGUCUUUACGAGGCGAGACCGUGCGAUCAAAAAACGGAUCUCAAAAUGGGACGUGAAUGAAGGCUUGUGCGAGUCAGCCAGCAUGUUAGAAGGACGCUGCUAAAUAUGCCGAACUUCAAAAGUAAUGCCCGAGGAUGCUGAUCAGGUCGAUAAGGCGUCGGUAUACAAAGGAGCGCGAGUCUUUUGUGCGUCCAUUCCCCAGCUCGUCUGCUGUUGCUUUGUCUUAAAAUCGCCUCGCAGAUUUGACAGUGCCCAAUCGCGUGGCUUUCGGCUGGAAACAGAGCUGAUCAGGAUGAGUCUGCAUGGAACCGGCGGGAGCUGUGACCGUUCGCGCGACCGGCGCCGCUCCGGUGACCGCUCACGUGACUCCUCCCAUGAGAGGGGCGAAGGUCAGCUGACACCCUGCAUCAGGAACAUCACUUCACCAACCCACCAGCACAACAGUGACCGGGAACGAGAAACCAGUUCCUCAUCACGGCCUAGCAGCCCCAGGCCCCUGAAGGCCUCCCCCAACGGCUCCAGCAGCAGCAGCGGGGUGAUCAGCAGCCGCAACAGCAGCCUGUCAAGCAGCGAGGGCACCUGCAAGGCCCUGGGCACGGGCCUAAACAUGGCCGGAAGCGAGACAGUCUUUGUCUAUGACAACUCCAAGGAUGGAGCUCGUAACCUGAGGACCUCAGAGAGGGUCACCCUCAUUGUGGACAAUACACGCUUUGUGGUGGACCCCUCCAUCUUCACCGCACAGCCCAACACUAUGCUGGGGAGAAUGUUUGGCUCUGGAAGGGAGCACAAUUUCACUCGGCCCAACGAGAAAGGAGAGUUUGAAGUUGCAGAAGGAAUCAGUUCAACUGUGUUUAGAGCCAUAUUGGAUUACUACAAAUCCGGGAUAAUCCGCUGCCCUGAUGGAAUCUCUAUUCCGGAGUUACGGGAGGCAUGUGACUAUCUGUGCAUCUCCUUUGACUACAACACUAUCAAAUGCAGAGAUCUCAGUGCCCUAAUGCACGAGCUUUCUAAUGAUGGCGCACGACGGCAGUUUGAGUUCUACUUGGAAGAGAUGAUUCUCCCGUUGAUGGUGGCCAGCGCACAGAGCGGCGAGCGCGAGUGCCACAUCGUGGUGCUGACGGACGACGACGUGGUGGACUGGGACGAGGAGUACCCGCCGCAGAUGGGGGAGGAGUACUCGCAGAUAAUAUACAGCACAAAGCUGUACCGUUUCUUCAAGUACAUCGAAAAUCGAGACGUUGCCAAAUCAGUUUUAAAGGAAAGAGGGCUGAAGAAAAUUAGAUUAGGCAUUGAAGGCUACCCCACCUACAAGGAGAAGGUGAAGAAGCGUCCCGGCGGCCGGCCGGAGGUCAUCUACAACUACGUGCAGCGGCCGUUCAUCCGCAUGUCCUGGGAGAAGGAGGAGGGCAAGAGCCGCCACGUGGACUUCCAGUGUGUGAAGAGCAAGUCCAUCACCAACCUGGCGGCCGCCGCCGCUGACAUCCCCCAGGACCAGCUGGUGGUCCUGCACCCCGGGCCCCAGGUGGACGAGCUGGACGUCCUGCCCAAUCACCCCCCAUCUGGCAACCACUACAGCAACGACCCAGACCCUGACGUCUCCUCGCCUGCUGUGUGAGAGCAGCAGCCACCCUACCUCCCUCCACUCCCCAGCAUGCUGCACCAAGGAGUGAGAGUGCCACCCACAGACAGAAUGCCUUUGCACCUCCUUCAGAGCCUUAGAGCCUACAGGACCUGGUCAGCUGUGUCACUCAGAGGGACAGUCGUUAUUUUCCCGUUUUUAUUUUUUAACUUGACCAAAGGAGAUUUAUUUUUUAUCAGGUAUUUCAAAUACAUUUAGCAAACCCACUUCUUUUGAAAUUGGGCUUAAGAUUAGAUUUUUUUUUUUUUGAUUGUUCCUAUUUGGUGAGUUCAGGCUGUUGCACUGUGGUGCUAACAUGUGUUUUAGUUUUGCUUUCACUCAAAGUAUGUUUCUUCCUCCCUCUGCUACUUCAAGGCAGUUGGAAACUCAACCAAGGGAGCGUGGGUCACCUCUGGGGAUCUAUACUGUGAUGCCACCCCUUGGGUAAACGCCCAUUAAACAUUAGGACUAGUUCUCAUUUCACGUUUGAUUUCUUUUGCAUCACACAGCCGGAGUUGGAUUCCGCCCGCCUGUCUUCUUAUCUGAUGCCGUGUUCCUCAUUAGACAGGGUAUAUUCAGCUGGACAUUACUAGUUCCUAUGGUUCUGGAUCAUUUUUGUUGAAAACUUGAAAAGCAUUGGUCUAAUAAAGACUCUGAAACCAUG